UGGAUCUGGAUCAGAUCCGUUGUCUUGUCUUCAAAGCCUGCCAAUGAACAGUCAUGGAGGUCAGGGUUUUUGUCUCUGAGAUUGUAGUUUCCGUUAGUUGAAAACCCCAAAGCCCUAUACGCCGGACUCCAUUUUUUGGGAAGCCUAUUGAUCUCUUCUGAGCAAAGUGAGAGAGAGAGAGAGAAAGAGAGAGAGAGAGAGAUGUGGUUUCUGUGUGUGUUCUACCACCGGCUGCUGGACUACAGGAGGCCGGAGGUGGAGUCUCUGGCGGAGCUCUUCGGAGCUUUCGGCGACGACUCGGCAGCUAUCACCAACAGGUCGCUGCAGUGGGAGUUGCCGGAGAACCACCAUCCGGACUCUCCCUUCCACUUCGUCUCCCUUCCAUCUGAGGAAAUAGCGGCUAAUAUUGCUAGGAGAAGUCUUCUGGUAAAGGGCAUAUAUGAACUUUGGGGGCAGGGGAUUAACUAUGAAGAAUUAGAAGCAAAGAUAAAAGAGUUUCCAGAUGAGAGGAAAUCACCGUACUUGGCAGAAGAUAGCACAUUCAAGAUAACCGUGGAUAGUUUUGGAAAGGUUCUCAGCUUAAAAGAGCAAAAUGAAAGAAUACACAUGCUUGAGUACAUUCCUUUCAAGGGCCGUGUUAAUCUUCGAAAACCUGAUCACAAGUUUUGGCUUAUGGAAACUGAUGAAUAUGAUUUAAACAAUGGUCUUCCCCCAGUAGCUCAAAGGACAAUAUUCUUUGGCCGUGAGGUUGGAGCAGCUGAUAGGAAGCUUUUACCGACCUAUCAGCUAAAAAGCCGUACUUAUAUAGGACCAACAGCAAUGGAUGCAGAAAUAGCUUUUCUUAUGGCUAACCAGGCACUAGCCAGGUCAGGGAAGCUUGUAUAUGACCCUUUUGUUGGUACAGGAAGCAUUCUAAUUGCAGCUGCGCACUUUGGAGCCAUGACAAUGGGUGCAGAUAUUGAUAUAAGGGUAGUUCGUGAUGGGCGUGGUCCUGAUUGCAAUGUCUGGAGUAAUUUUAAGCAGUAUGGUUUACCUAUGCCUAUUUCGCUUCUAAGAGCAGAUAACAACCUUCCACCUUGGCGUCCAGGACUUGAAGAGGUAUUUGAUGCAAUAAUAUGUGAUCCUCCGUAUGGUGUUCGUGCUGGGGGGCGAAAGUCCGGUGGACGGAAAUUGUUGAAGGGUGCUGUGGAGCCAUACACGGUACCUGACGAUAAGAGAACUGAUCAUAUACCGUCAACAGCGCCAUACAGUUUAGCUGAGUGUGUGCAUGAUUUGCUUGACCUAGCUGCUCAGAAGCUUGUGAUGGGGGGCAGGCUUGUCUUUUUUUAUCCAGUGGUAAGAGAAGAAGGUUUGACUGAAGGGCAGUUCCCUACUCAUGAAUGUUUGACCAUGAUUGCUUCUUGUGAACAAAUACUUAGCUACAGGUACAGCAGGUAUUUGCUAACUAUGGUUAAAACUACAAGAUAUACCGAUGAGUUUGCAGAAUUGGCCAGGAAGAAACACUUGCAAUUCAAGGAAAACCACGCUAAGUGGUUGGAAGAAAGUACUCUUCAUUCAGCUGUUUUCAGCCCAGUUGAUUCAGGAACAAAUGGGAAGGGAAUAGACAGGGACUUGAAACCAAAAUACCGGGGGAAGUACGUCUAGUGAGAUGGACUGGUGUUUUGAAGUGUUUCAGUGAUAAAUUGCAACUGUUCCACGGUUGCUCCUUCAGCAAGAGUUCAAAUGGCCUUGCAGCUAAGAAAUUAUGUCAGAAGGCAUCAGAAGAUGCAUUCAAGGGUUGAUUACCAGUUAUUGCAUGACAGUUACAUUGUUACCUGUAUCACAUUCUUCUCAGGAGUAUAAUUUUUGGCUUAGUUGGCAUCAGGAAAUGUUGGCAGUUCUUGGAUUUACUGUAUCAAUUUUCAAACAAAUUUCAGAACAAUGAACUUCUGGAAUCCCUCUUUCACAUGGAUUGCUUGUAUCAA